CUGCAGAGUUUUCCACGAAGAAGCAUCGAGUCGUUCUACAGAGGUGGAAAAAAGCGGAGGGACUCCUCCUGUGUACAACAUAAUGGAGCGAAAAGGGUCAAAAAGCGACUGCAGGCGGCGUUUACUGACUGGAUUAACGCUGUGUGUUGUAUUAGUAUUCAGACCUACAUCAGCCAUAGAUAUCCAUGCUGACCCUGAGGUGAUGAUGCAGAAUGGCACCACAGGAGUCCUCCGCUGCACCUUCAAGUCCAGUGAAGUGGUUAGCAGCUCCACCUCGGUCACCUGGAGCUUCCAGUCCAGUCAGCCCGACAACCAGUUCAGCAAAGCUCCAUAUGUGAUCUUCUACUUCUCCAAUGGGAAAGGUUUCCCCGGCCAGGAUGAGUUCAAAGACAGAGUUCAGUUUAUUGGAGACAUCAACAAGAGAGACGUGUCCAUCCAGCUCAGUCCGGCCCAGUUCAGUGACAACGGGACCUUCUUCUGCGAUGUCAAGAACCCGCCGGACGUUACAGGAACACCGGCCAGAACCGAGCUCAGGGUCGUCCUCAGAGAUUCUCUCCCCCAGAGUAACACAACAGUUAUAGUUGGAGCCGUGUGUGGAGUUUUACUUCUGCUCGUCAUCAUUGCCGUCGCAGCCUGCAUCACCAUGAGGGUCCUUCACAACCGCCAUGAUUAUGAAGGCUGUACGUCCCUGGAGAGUGUGAGCUCUCAGGCUCCGAAGCCUCGAAAGAAGGUGGAGUCCAGUCUGGAGGGCUCCAGGUCCACCAGUCCCUCUGGACCACUACAGGGCCCGGUGAUAUACGCACAGCUGGACCACUCAGGCAGUAAGAACUCGUUCCAUAAGAUGGAGCCGGUGGUGUACGCUGACAUCCGUAAGAACUGAAGAGGACCAAGCAUUAAUCAAUAAUCAAUAAUCACAGUAAAGUAUGAUGAGAUUCGACCAGCUGCUCUGGGACAGAAUGGGGGGGGCCCGGGGGCCUAAAGAAGCAUGAUGCUGUUACAUGAUGAUGUCAUGAUGUCUCCAUGUGCUUUCAUGUAAACACACUACAUCAGAUCAGCCUUUACAUUGUUCUCAACACAGGGACCACCGCACAGCGCCUUCAUCAUAUUACAGUCUAUAUCAUAUACAUUCAUUACAGUCACAUCAUUUAGAAUCAUAUGGAUUGAUUGUUGUAUCUACACAGGAGCUUCAGCAGUCUGACGCACCAGCUGACACCAUCACACCAGCUUGUAAUUAUUCACCUUUACAUUUGACGAAGCGCUGCAGUGAACUGGUUUUAAGAUCAAGAUGGCUGCACAGCGAGCAGGAGGGCAGAAACAUCUGACAGCAAGUUCUAUUCUCAUGUCCUACUUGAUUCAAGAUCAGGGUGAUGUCAGCUGUCCUGUGUCCAUGUGGACAGACGCUGGUUGGUUCAUCCUGUAUGUUCUGAUCACUCACCUCUUUAAGAUUCAACGCUCAGCUGCUCAAACUCGAUGCAAACACACAAAACUUUCUUCUCUCUUUUAAAGCAGCACGCUGCAUCAGAAACAGGGUCUGUUAGAGAUGGACGUCCUUUCUCACUCUGACCGACCACACAGAACCUGUCCUGCAUGUUCUAAAUGUUCCUCCGCCCGACACACCAGAUUCACACGAGGGUUGUUAUCAGGCUUCAGCAGGCCUCCACAACAAACUUAUCAUUUCAGUCAGGUGUGACGGCUGAGGAACAUCUAGAACAUGGAGGAUGGGGUCAGACUGAACAGAGCAGAGCAGUUCAGGAUGAGCGGAGAGCUCAGAGGGAUUCAAGCUAAAGUCUGUUAGAGAGAAUCACACACGAUGUAAAACAAAGUUCUGUCAGGUUCUGAAAAGUUGUUGCUCUCCAGCUGUUCAGUGUCUGUCCACAGUCACACCUGAAGUUCACUCUGUAUCGUGUUUCUGUUCGUAACUCCAUGUGAAGCACAGCUGCUGCGUCAGGCUGCUGAAGGCUCGUCCAUCCUGCAGUGAUCAUGUUGUUCUAUAGGAUGUAUAACAUGUAUAUCUACAGUAAUGCUGCAUGAUGACGUGACACACAGCUGGUACUGCUCAGACACAAGAUUUGUUGUUACUGUGAAGGCUUUAGUUUCCUGGCAUGUUGUUGUGGUGCCGCCCGUCUGAUCUCCCCUCAGUCACACGUGUUCUGUAAUGCUCUUUAUAAUAACUCUGGGUGCUCUGAGUGUCUGCUUAUUGUUGAAAAAAGUGAACACAUGCAGCCCGGGUGCCUUUCGUGUUCCUGCCUGUUUGUGGAAUAAAUCAAGUCAUUUUAUUUUAAUAUGCAUGUUGAGCUGGGAUGAAACAAACUGGGAGCUUCAGAUGCUAAAACACUGUUUGCAUGCAGUUAACUAACAUAACCAUCAUUAUACUGAUAAAUAUCAUCAUUUGUUUUUGUAAAGCUUUUUAUUUUCGCACUAAUGGGCCAAAUAUGUUGAAUAAGUUUUUUGAGAUGCUUUGAAGCUUUAAUGCAUUCCAAAAGAUUUUCUGUUCAAAGCCAAACUUCUCUUCUGACCUAUAAGAAUGAUUUCUGUCUAAAUGCCGUCAGCUUCAGCUUGUGAAUGCAGUAAUGUUGACCAGUAUUUGUAUAUAUUUCCUGCUCUGUAAGAUAUUUAGUGCUGUGUACUGUAAGUCAUUCCAGUGUGGUGGUUGGGCUGUGGAUGUUUCAGGAGGAGGAGAGUUGAGUUCCUCUCUUCAGCCACUCGGAUGUCACAGUGUCUGCUCCGUCUGUCAGCACCAGAAACAUCCAGUUCAGCUUCAUUUAGUCACAGAAACACACAGAAUUAAUGUGAUGCUAGUAUUUAGCAUGUUAGCAUGCUACAUUAGCAGUUAUCUCAAACUGUAGGUUAGGGUUAGGGGUCAGUGUAUAUUUGUGCAAUCCACAGAUGUUUCAACUUUCUUUAGUUUUCAGUGUCAUGCUGAGUUGCCUCUGUUCUGGCUUCUGUCUCCACCAACACGGCUGCAAAGCAUCCCGACAACUCAUUACAAAUGUCCAGUGGCUUCAUGUUCCAGAUGUCCAAACACAUCCCUGAACAGUGGUCUCUGGCUGUAACUCCACCACCAUCUCCUCCACCUGCUGACAUGACAGUCGGCUCAUGAACAUGUAAUGGGAACAUAAUAUGAGAACAUGAUAUGACACUUUCAAAUGUAAAGUAUCCGUGGUUUGCAGAAACGUAAAGUGAGAGCAUUUGUUCUGGAGUCCGAUCCGAGAACUCGUGGUUUGAUUUAGAGGAAGUAGAAGCGCCGAUCAGAUCGAUCCUCAGGAGAGUCAAACCAAAUAUCAAAUCAGCUCAUUCGUUUAGUUCCAGUGAGCUGUAAGAUGAGCGGAUCCUCUGAGCUGCAACUGAACGCUUCUCUUCAUGGUGACUGGAGAGAAUCUUAAUUUGGUGUUUUUUUGACUGGAGUCUGGCAGAGCCAGCAGACACUGUCGCCUUCCACGAGUGUUUAUGUUGGUCCAUGUUGUUGUUAGUGAGCAGAGGACAGAAGCUGUACGACCUGCUGCUCUCUGUGAGACUCGUCGGUGUUUAUUGUAGAUGUAAACUCUAAGUUAUGAUGACAGAUGUGAGCAGCUGGUCCACUUCUCUCUCCUGACCAGUCUGUACGUGUUGUUGAUGGUAUAAAUAGUUGUGUGUUAUUUUGUUCUGUUGUGAAUCUGCACUAAGUCUUUCCUGUCAAAGACAACAGACUGCCUGUGACUUCUCUUCUUAUUUCAGUUCAUCUCUGAAUGUUUGGCCUGUUUAAACUGGAAUGUUGUACAUUUAGUGCCUUUUACAUUUCAUCAGCUAACUUGAACGUCUGCUCCAAAUAGAAAAGAUAAGAUUCAUUUAUUUUCCUUUUAUUCUAUGUAUUUUUUAUACACAUAAUAUCGCCUCUGUAUCCACUGUCUAAAUUUUAUAUAAAACUUAUUCCUGGCCAAGCACA